ACCUUUCUCCUUCAAAGACUUCCUCACCUCCUCCUCUAUUUUCUAGGGUUUUCAUUGCUUGGUCCUCCACGUCCCUUCUCUUCAACCCACAUUCAGAUUCCUGGUGUUUGGCUUUUGCGACUCAGAAAUUUGGUGCACUUCUCAGACUUGGAAAGCUGUCUAUCAACCCUUUCUCAGGGAUCCUGCACCAAUAAUGUUUUACCCUCUGUAAAUGCUGUGUAGCUUUGGAGAUGAGAAGUUUCCAGGAAGCGUGUUUUUGAUGGACUGCUCUCCCACAAGCAGUGACAAGAAAACAUUGAAGAGGUGGUUUUUCAUAGAUAAAAGGGGUGGGUGAAGUAUACUUGAGAUAAGGCCCAUAAGUCUCUGUUUUGACUAAAAGGUUAUCAAUAUAAUACACUAAAAAUAUUCCAUAUAAACUGUUCGGAGUAAUCUUGGAUCAAAUGGAUUUGAAGUCGAACCAUGCUUCUCCUGUUCUUACUGAUCCUGCACCUGUGAACAAAUCAAGACUAGGCAUCCCUUCUGGUCUGUUGCCUUACUCGCAACCAGGAACAGGAUUCUCCUCUGGAAAGUAUGUAAUAAUUCCAAGAAAAAAGCCAGGAAAGCUUGAUGACGUUCGGUCAAAUGGUUGGCUGGAUGCCAUGAAAUCGUCCUCUCCUCCUCGCAAGAAGUUAAUUAAGGAUUUCAAUGUCGAGGUUGCUACAGAUGACACUGAUAAUGUGACAAGCUCUUGGAUGCUUAAGUAUCCAUCAGCGCUCAACUCUUUUGAGAAAAUCAUAAGUUAUGCACAAAGCAAGAAGAUAGCAAUGUUUCUGGAUUAUGAUGGGACUCUUUCUCCAAUUGUUGAUGAUCCUGACCGUGCCCUGAUGUCUGAUGCUAUGCGCUCAACUGUGAAAAAUCUCGCAAAGUGUUUCCCAACAGCAAUCAUUAGUGGAAGAAGCCGUGACAAGGUUUAUGAGUUGGUAGGACUAAAGGAACUCUAUUAUGCGGGCAGUCAUGGAAUGGACAUCAUGGGCCCAGCCAGAUACACAGCCUGCAAUGACCAUUCAAAUUGUAUUAAAUCCUCGGAUGAGCAGGGUAAGGAGGUGAAUCUGUUCCAGCCUGCCAGUGAAUUUUUACCUAUGAUAGACGAGGUUUUUAGAGCCCUUGUUGAAACCACUAGAGGAAUUGAAGGUGCAAAAGUUGAGAACCAUAAGUUUUGCGCCUCUGUACAUUACCGUAAUGUAGAUGAGAAUAGUUGGUCUACUAUUGCACAAUAUGUUCAUGAUGUUCUCAAAGAUUAUCCUCGUUUACGACUAACCCAUGGGCGGAAGGUUUUAGAGGUCCGUCCUGUGAUUGACUGGAACAAGGGGAAAGCAGUUGAAUUUCUUCUCGAAUCACUUGGACUAACCAAUAGUGAGGAUGUGCUCCCAAUUUAUAUUGGAGAUGAUAGAACUGAUGAAGAUGCAUUCAAGGUGUUGCGAGAAGGAAAUCGGGGUUAUGGUAUACUGGUGUCUCCAGUACCAAAAGAAACCAAGGCAUUCUACUCCCUCAAGGACCCGUCAGAGGUCAUGGAAUUUCUCAAAUCCCUAGUGAGAUGGAAAGAGUUGGAUGCACCUAUUAAUUCAGAAGGAAGAGGAGCAUAGACUGACUUGCAUAUAUGGUAUAGAUAUAUUAUUCGAGUUUGGAAGUCGGGUAUUAAAUAAAGGUGGUGGGUGCUGCUGCAUUUUUUGCAAUCUUGUUCAGCAAAUUUCAAGUGUUGAUUAUUGCAUUGUUUAUUGGAUUCAAUUUAAGACUUUUUUGCCUUGGCAGCUUGUAAAGCCUUCUUCCUCCCAUGUUGAUGGCUAUGAUUAUUUUCACCCCUCUAAAUGAGUCGAUUAUUUAAUUUAUUUUCAGCAGCGCUCCCCUGGAAGCUAUAGCAUUUGUUUAGAUGUGUAUCAUGUAAUAGAAUUCUUGAAAACCCAUUUGUAAUAGCACCAGGAUUGUCAUCGCACCAAA